UGGAAAGAGAGAAGAUGAAAGUUCCUAUUCCAAACUUGAUUCUCUUGUAUGCUACUCUAACGCAGAGCUUGAAGGUUGUGACCAAAAGAGGAUCAGCUGAUGGAUGCACUGACUGGUCUGUGGAUUACAAGAAAUAUCAAGUUCUAGUGGGAGAACCUGUUCGUAUAAAAUGUGCACUCUUUUAUGGAUAUAUUAGAGCUAAUUACUCCCUAGCCCAAAGUGCUGGACUCAGCUUGAUGUGGUACAAAAGCUCUGGACCAGGAGAUUUUGAAGAACCUAUAGCUUUUGAUGGAACUAGAAUGAGCAAAGAAGAAGAUUCCAUUUGGUUCCGACCAACAGUGGUACAAGACAGCGGACUCUAUGCAUGUGUUAUAAGAAACUCAACUUACUGUAUGAAAGUGUCCAUUUCGCUGACGGUGGGUGAAAAUGACACUGGACUCUGCUACAAUUCAAAGAUGAAAUAUUUUGAAAAAGCUGAACUUAGCAAAAGCAAGGAAAUCUCAUGCCCUGAAAUAGAGGACUUUUUGUUUCCGUUUAGGGAGCCUGAGAUUCUGUGGUACAAGGAAUGCAAGUCAAAGACAUGGAGGUCAAGUAUUGGGUUUAUAAAGGACACUCUUGUCAUUCGGGAAGUUAGAGAGGAUGACAUUGGAAAUUACACUUGUGAGGUAAAAUAUGGCAUCUUUGUUGUCAGAAGAACUACGGAAUUAACAGUUACAGCGCCACUAACAGAUAAACCACCAAAGCUUUUACACCCAUUGGAAAGUAAGCUAACAAUUCAGGAGACCCAGUUAGGGGGUUCUGCUAAUCUAACCUGCCGAGCUUUCUUUGGAUAUAGUGGAGAUGUCAGUCCUUUAAUCUACUGGAUGAAAGGGGAGAAGUUUAUUGAAGAUUUGGAUGAUAGUCGAGUCUGGGAAAGUGAUAUCAGGGUUCUCAAGGAACAUCUUGGGGAACAGGAAGUUUCUAUCUCAUUGAUUCUCAACUCUGUGGAAGAAGGAGACCUCGGCAAUUACUCAUGCUAUGUUGAGAAUGGAAAUGGACGCCGGCACGCCAGUAUUCUCCUACAUAAAAGGGAGCUGAUGUAUACAGUUGAGCUUGCUGGUGGGCUUGGUGCUAUUCUGCUGCUGCUUGUUUGUUUAGUGACUAUCUACAAGUGUUACAAGAUAGAGAUUAUGCUUUUCUACAGGAAUCAUUUUGGAGCUGAAGAACUAGAUGGAGACAACAAGGACUAUGAUGCAUAUCUAUCUUAUACCAAAGUGGAUCCUGAUCAGUGGAAUCAAGAGACUGGAGAAGAAGAAAGAUUUGCUCUUGAGAUCUUACCAGAUAUGCUUGAAAAGCAUUAUGGAUACAAGUUGUUCAUACCAGACAGAGAUUUGAUUCCCACAGGAACCUACAUUGAAGACGUGGCAAGAUGUGUAGACCAAAGCAAGCGACUGAUCAUCGUCAUGACUCCAAAUUAUGUAGUAAGAAGAGGCUGGAGCAUCUUUGAACUGGAAACAAGGCUUCGGAACAUGUUAGUCACAGGAGAAAUUAAAGUGAUACUGAUUGAAUGCAGUGAACUGCGAGGAGUUAUGAACUAUCAGGAGGUUGAGGCCCUGAAACAUACCAUCAAGCUCCUCACUGUCAUUAAAUGGCAUGGACCAAAAUGCAACAAGUUGAAUUCCAAAUUCUGGAAACGUUUACAGUACGAAAUGCCUUUUAAGAGGACUGAACCCAUCACACACGAGCAGGUUUUAGAUGUCAGUGAGCAGGGGCCCUUUGGGGAACUGCAGACAGUCUCCGCAAUUUCAAUGGCUGCUGCCACCUCUACUGCUCUUGCCACUGCUCAUCCAGAUCUACGCUCCACCUUUCAUAAUACAUAUCAUUCACAGAUGCGCCAGAAACACUAUUAUCGAAGCUAUGAAUAUGAUGUACCUCCUACCGGCACCCUGCCGCUUACCUCAAUAGGUAACCAGCAUACCUACUGCAACAUCCCUAUGACACUUAUAAACGGGCAGCGGCCACAGACAAAAACUAACAGGGAGCAGAAUCCAGAAGAGGCUCACACAAACAGUGCGAUACUGCCCCUCUUGCCACGGGAGACCAGUAUAUCAAGUGUCAUUUGGUGACAGAAAUGCAAGGGGCUGUCCAUCCCCUUGAGUAGAAGCUGAGUCUGCAGUCCGGUGCCUGGAACUACAUCCUCGACUGCUGCUGUUAAACAUGCAUUACAAUCGAUAAUAUAUGAGGAAAAACAGGGUCUUGUACAU